CCCGGAGCCCGGCCGGCUAGCUGGUGAGUGCGCGCUCGCCGGGCAUGGCCUCGGGCGGCUGGCGCUGGCUGCGGGGCCUGUGGGCCGCUGGGCAGCCGCUGUUCCAGGGUCGGGCGCUGCUCGUCACCAACACGCUGGGCUGCGGCACGCUGAUGGCGGCGGGCGACGGCGCGCGCCAGUCCUGGGAGCUGCGCGCUCGGCCCGGCCAGAAGUACGACCCGUGGCGCUCAGCAAGGAUGUUUGCGGUGGGCUGCAGCAUGGGACCCUUCCUGCAUUACUGGUACCUGUGGCUGGACCGUCUGCUCCCCGCUUCUGGCAUCCGGGGCCUCCCGAGCGUGCUCAAGAAGGUCCUCGUGGACCAGCUGGUCGCCUCCCCCUUGCUGGGCGUCUGGUACUUCGUGGGCAUUGGCUGCCUGGAGGGCCAGACCCUGGAGGAGAGCUGCCAGGAGCUGCGGGACAAGUUCUGGGAAUUCUAUAAGGCCGACUGGUGCGUGUGGCCCGCCGCACAGCUGCUCAACUUCCUCUUCGUGCCACCCCAGCUCCGUGUCACCUACAUCAAUGGGCUGACUCUGGGCUGGGACACCUACCUGUCCUACCUGAAGUACCGGAUCCCAGGACCCGCAUCGUCCUCGGGCUGCGUGGCCCUGGGUUCGGUGCACUCCGAGCUGACCCAGCCCCAGUCUGGAUGCAGGACGGGGCAAGACUGACUGGGCAAGGACCUGCCCACGCUGCCCGCCCAGCCCUGCUGGCCUGAUCGCCCCCUCUCCGGCCAGGCCUCAGUUUCUCCAUCUUGAACAUGCCCAUCCAGUGGGUGCCUCGGCCACAGACAAUCAGUCCUAGGGCUGCCUGGGAUGAAAGCAGGGGCUCUGAGGUCAGGGCCCCAAAUUCAGAGCCUGGGCAUAGCCCAGGCCCGG